CUCUCUUUCACGCACACACAAACACAAACACACACACGCUGCGCCUGCACACGCAUACACACAGAAACAAACACACGCUUCUCGUGCGACCACUACAGAACACUUCCGGGUGAAGCUCUCCUUUCCCCCGGAGCUCCGCUGAGGACUAGACGGUUCAACACGUAGACCGGAGCCUAACAACACGUUUAAAGAUGCCUCCAAAGAAGACAGAUGCCCCUAAAGAGCCUGCUAUCAUCGGACGGUUCGGAACCGCUCUGAAAAUAGGUAUCGUGGGACUACCAAACGUGGGAAAAUCCACCUUUUUUAACGUGCUCACUAAAAGUCAAGCGGCGGCGGAGAACUUCCCGUUCUGCACCAUCGACCCGAACGAGAGCAGAGUGCCCAUCCCAGACGAACGCUACGAAUAUCUGUGCACGUACCAUAAACCACUGAGCAAGGUGCCAGCGUUUCUUAGUGUAGUGGAUAUCGCUGGCCUGGUGAAGGGUGCUCAUGCUGGCCAGGGCCUGGGAAACGCUUUCCUCUCCCACAUCAGUGCUUGUGAUGGCCUCUUUCACAUGACGCGCGCGUUUGACGAUGAGGACAUCAUCCACGUGGAGGGGAACGUGGACCCCGUGAGGGACAUGGAGAUCAUCCACGAGGAGCUCAGGCUGAAGGACGAGGAGCUGAUCGCGCCCAUCAUCGACAAGCUGGAGAAGCUGGCCAUCAGGGGCGGAGACAAGAAGCUCAAGCCAGACUACGACGUCAUGAUAAAAGUUAGGAACUGGGUGUCGGAGGAAAAGAAACAUAUCCGAUUCUACCAUGAAUGGAAUGACAAAGAGAUUGAGGUACUGAACAAAUACCUGCUUUUGACAUCCAAACCGAUGAUCUACUUGGUGAAUCUCUCUGAGAAAGACUACAUCAGAAAAAAGAACAAGUGGCUGAUCAAGAUCAAGGAGUGGGUGGACGCCCACGACCCCGGCUCCCUGAUGAUCCCCGUGAGCGGAGCGCUGGAGUUCAAGCUGCAGGACAUGUCUGACGAGGAGCGGGCCAAGUACUGCGAGGAGAAGAAGACCCAGAGUGUGCUGACCAAAAUCAUAAAGACCGGCUACGCCACACUACAGCUGGAGUACUUCUUCACAGCCGGGCCGGAUGAAGUGAGAGCCUGGACUGUCAGAAAAGGCACCAAGGCGCCCCAAGCCGCCGGGAAGAUCCACACUGACUUCGAGAAGGGCUUCAUCAUGGCUGAGGUCAUGAAGUUUGACGACUUCAAGGAAGAGGGCAGCGAGAACGCCGUGAAGAGUGUGGGCAAAUACAGACAGCUGGGCCGCACUUACACCGUGGAAGACGGAGACAUCAUCUUCUUCAAAUUCAACACGCCCAACGCACCCAAGGCGAAGAAGUAGGGCCCCUGUGCGGCACAAGAAGACCCCGGGGACGCGGCGGUACCACGGCAGCAUAGCGCCGGCUCGGAGCCACGCUGAACACUGGUUCUGACCGGUCUCCCGGAGAACAUGCUAAACAUUUGUCUGACCAAUUGGCGCUUUGUUGGCUAACAUUUAAGAAGAUGUUUAUGGAGGACGUAGAGGUAGGAUGCAUUCUGGUGAGGAGCUUAGCAACGUUAUAUCUAUAUAAACUUUUGUGGGGGGUUGAGGUAAAUGGGAUAUGAAUCGGAAAGGAAAUGCGUCAAUACUUUAUUUUUCAAUGUUUGGUUAAAUGUUU